AGCUUCCUGGCCCCGGGGCGCCGGGCAGCUCUGCGCAUGCGCGUGAGUCGCGCGACAACCGUCACUUACGGCCGAGGCGGUUCGUGCGGGGAGCGGGCGGCGCGCUGCGGCUCUAGAGAACGGACGGCUCGGGCGCGGGACUGGUAUCCGGGACGGUGACUCUCAGGGUCCGCCAUGGAGCCGGAGCAGAUGCUGGAGGGACAGACGCAGGUUGCAGAAAACCCUCACUCCGAGUACGGGCUCACAGAUAACGUGGAGAGGAUAGUAGAAAAUGAGAAGAUUAAUGCAGAAAAGUCAUCAAAACAGAAAGUGGAUCUACAGUCUUUGCCAACUCGUGCCUACCUGGAUCAGACAGUUGUGCCUAUCUUAUUACAGGGACUUGCUGUGCUUGCAAAGGAAAGGAUGUCCCCCAAAAAUGUAAUUAUUAAUUUCUUUGGGUUAAACCAGAAGAGGAAAAAACAAUUGAGCUAUCAGAAAAAAACCACCAAACCCCAUUGAAUUUCUAGCAUCAUAUCUUUUAAAAAACAAGGCACAGUUUGAAGAUCGAAACUGAUUGGGAAGAACAGAAAAAUUUGGUUUCUACUAUAGAUUUACAUGAUUAAGAGGCAGCUUUAAUUGCCCUGAUUUCCCCCAUCCCUUUUUGGAAGUAUAAGAACCGUCAGGACAACAACUUGUUCUUGGAGAUGCAGAAGAAAACAUAUUUCCCUUAUUUUGAUUUAAUCACCAUACUUAUUUAAAGAGUGUAUUAUGUGCAAUUUUUUCUCAGAUUGUCUUUAACUUUGUUUUUAAAAUGACCUUCAAAAUAAACUGUUAAAUGUCA